AUGCGGCUCUAUCUCGUCCCUAUCUCCACAGGGCGAUCUCUCCUUUACUGCAAAAGAGCCAAUACACAAGCUGCGAAGGAGCUGAGCCGUAUUGACAGGAUCACCGAAAAGGCAUCUGCUACCUGGGCGGGGUGGGAGGAGGCUGAUAAAGGCUGGAGAAAGAUCCUCGUUGCCUAUGGAAACCGUGUGCUCCAGCGAAUACCUUACGAGGAAUGGGGCCUCAAGAGCGUGCCACCGUUGAACACGAAGAGGGAGACUGAGGAGCUGGAAAGACAUACCCAAGUUCCGUUGGUCUUCCCGAAAAAUGUCAUUAAGGAGAGCAAGGUGCUAGACCUUCUCAGAAAGAUGGCUACUGAACGACAAAGUUUACACCGGAGCAGGAUGUGGUGGAGUAUUGCUAUUGCGCCGCUGACGGCCCCUAUCGCCCUCAUACCUCUUAUUCCAAACGUCCCAUUCUUCUACUUUGUUUACCGUGGGUGGUCGCAUUGGAGAGCAUUGAGCGGCUCAAAACACCUUUGCUUCUUACUUGAUAACAAACUCAUACAUCCCACAUCCCUCCCGGCUUUGGAAAGUCACUAUUCCAAAAAUCCGGCUUUUAACGAAAAGGAUUUUUCGGGGACAAAUUCUGGGAACGUGAACUCAACCGAAGUUAUCCUGUUAAAGGAGUCAGAUGGCAAGAAGCUGGCGAAAAUCCUGGGUCCUCCUGAGCUUGCUGCGGAGGUGGAGAGGGCCGUGGGUCAAGUAAAACAUUUUUUCAACCAGAAUAAACAACAGUGA